GGCUGCCGGCGCGCCCCUCCCGUCUCCCCCCAAAAAAGUUUGAGUCGCAGCUGCCUGGUAGCCAGCGGAGUCGCGCGCCGGGACCUACGUAGGGCAGAGAAGUCAUGGCUUCUCCGUCCAAAGGCAAUGACCUGUUUUCGUCUGAUGAGGAGGGCCCGGCGAUGGUGGCCGAGCCGGGCCCGGGGCCUGGGGGUGCCGACGGGGCCGCGGAGGAGCGCCGCGUCAAGGUCUCCAGCCUGCCCUUCAGCGUGGAGGCGCUCAUGUCGGACAAGAAGCCGCCCAAGGAGACUUCCCCACUGCCAGCCGAAAGCGCCUCCGCCGGGGCCACCCUGCGGCCACUUCUGCUGCCCGGACACAGCGUCCGGGAGGCGCACAGCCCCGGGCCGUUGGUCAAGCCCUUCGAGACAGCCUCGGUCAAGUCGGAAAAUUCAGAAGACGGAGCGGCAUGGAUGCAGGAACCGGGCAGAUAUUCGCCGCCGCCAAGACACAUGAGCCCCACCACCUGCACCCUGAGGAAACACAAGACCAAUCGGAAGCCACGCACACCCUUCACCACCUCCCAGCUCCUCGCUCUGGAGCGCAAGUUCCGCCAGAAACAGUACCUCUCCAUCGCAGAGCGGGCAGAGUUCUCCAGCUCUCUGAACCUCACAGAGACACAGGUCAAAAUCUGGUUCCAGAACCGAAGAGCCAAGGCGAAAAGACUGCAAGAGGCCGAACUGGAAAAGCUGAAAAUGGCUGCAAAACCUAUGCUGCCCUCUGGCUUCAGCCUCCCUUUCCCCAUCAACUCACCCCUGCAAGCAGCCUCCCUAUAUGGCGCGUCCUACCCUUUCCAUAGACCUGUGCUCCCCAUCCCGCCCGUCGGACUCUAUGCGACUCCAGUGGGAUAUGGCAUGUACCACCUGUCCUAAGGAAGACCAGCUCAAUAGACUCCGGGAUGGAUGUUUGUUUAAAAGCCUUCCCCCUCCCUCUGCAAGAAGACAGUCCCGCUCUGCAAACCUUGCAUGCACCACCCUCAGCGGCUAGAUCGACAGGGCCACAGACAUAGUUGAAAUUGGUUCUUUUGACUGGAGACACCCAAGCCCCGUUUUCUUGGUGUAAUCUUCCAGAUGCCACCCCCCCUUCUCCUUUCACAAGAUUGGC